AUGGCAGCAAAGUCGAAAAGGUUACUGAAAGUUAUAGAUGGAAUACGUUCUUGGAAUAUUAGCUCGUCUCAACCAAAUUCGGCACCAAAGUCAGCCAUUGAAAUCGACGAGUAUUUAAAGAGUGAACAUUUCCAAGUUGGAAAGAUCUCUGUGCAUGGUUUUCCUCACCAACCGACUUGCAUCGCUUUUGAUCCCGUUCAACGAAUUGUUGCUGUUGGAACGAAGUGUGGGUUCAUCAGGAUUUUCGGAAGACCAGGUGUAGACUGUAGCAUCUCUCAUCCCUCAGCAUCUGCUGUCCUUCAAAUAUUCUUUCUCGUCAACGAGGGUGGAUUGGUUUCCAUUUGUGGUGACGACGUUGCACACUUGUGGAACAUAAGACAAAAGAAUCCAGAAAUAGUACACUCUUUACAGUUUAAACGUGAACAUUUGACCUGCGGUCAUCUUCCUGUUGGCAGCAGUUGGCUCUAUUUGGGUACUGAUAAGGGCAACGUGAAUUUCAUAAGUGUUCAACGGUUUACUACAUCGGGCUAUGUGAUUAAUUGGAACAAGGCUAUCGAUCUAUCUCAGUCGUCGCAUCCGGGGAAAGUUAUUCAGAUAGCUGAGAAUCCUCAAGAUACUAACAAGAUUCUUAUUGGUUAUUCUUCGGGAUUUCUUGUAUUAUGGGAUCUAAAAACCAAACAGGGUGAUGCUCGUUUCAAACAUACAGAUAGUUUGUAUAGUGUAGUCUGGCACUGGGAUGGAAAAAGUUUCCUUACUUCGCAUAAUAAUGGUUUACUUGCAACUUGGUUAAUUCGCCAACCACAACGUCCAGUUUCUGUGAUCUGCCCACAUGCCCCUGGUGAAGCGGUUCCAGAUGACUAUAUAUUUUACGAACCGAUACGUUUGGUAGAAUGGCUGCCUACUAGAAAUGGCGAACCAUUCAUUAUCUUUUCUGGUGGUGGCCGUUCUCCUGGAGCUCAAACUGUCAUUCAUUCAUCAGUAGCUACUACUAAUGUCUCCUCGACGUCGUUACCUAAUUCAGAUUUAUCUGAAAAUGACCCAAAUUUAUCAUCAUCAUCAUCAUGUAUGAUUUCUAGUAAUCAUAUGUUGACUAUCAAAAGAGGCAAAAAGUUGGUUGUUUUACAAUUGGAUCAUAAACUUGUUCAAUUUACAACUCUUUGUAUGUCUCCUUACACAAGUGAGACAAUGGAUCCUUAUGCAGUUGCCAUAUUAUUACAAGAAGAUCUUGUUGUUAUUGAUCUUUUAUCUACAAACUUCGCAACAUUUGAAAACCCAUAUCCAAUGGAUUUGCAUAGUUCUCCUGUCACCAGCUGUUUAUAUUUAGUUGAUUGUCCUGGAGACUUGAUACCUGCUUUCUAUUCUGUUAGCAGUCGUCGGAAUCGUACUCAAAGUGGCACGUGUGCUGAACCUGAUGUGUUCAGCAGUCGCGAAUGGCCUAUUACUGGAGGAGAAUGGCGAUUAAGUAAUCAACAAGUUCCUGAAUUAAUCAUAACGGGACAUGCUGAUGGAUCUGUUCGAUUUUGGGAUGCAUCCGAAGUUUCGUUGACGCCACUCUAUAAGUUUCGUACUUCGAAGUUGUUUGCAAACCCAUCAACUAGUACAUCUAAUCCUGUUGAAACAGGCAGUACCUCACUUUCUGAUGCAAAAGAUAUCAAUGCUCAAUAUUCUUCGAUUUUGUUAGCAACUGAAAGCGAUCCUCUUGCCAUACAUUUUAUGCACUUCUGCUCGGAUUCCCGUAAACUGUUAACUGCAAGCAGUUAUCAUACUUGUUUAUUACACUUCAGUCGUCGAGAAAUAAAUCUUGAAACUGCAGUUAUGGAUAUCAAUAUGGCUUAUGAUGGAUUAGAUGAUAUUGGUUUCGCCUAUUCAACUGGUGAUACUUUCUCUGAUGAUCAUUUGAAUACUGCUGAAAAUUUAUCCGGUAACGUGACUAAGGAUACUGUCCAACAGUCAUUACCUCAUGUAUCCAGUGGGAGUGUUAGCUCUUAUCAAUCUGCAUCUCCAACAGAAAGGGAUUUACGCGUAUUCGUUCCAGUACGUCAAGGUAGCCAUCAUUGGCCUCCUGGCUACCAACCACUUCUUGUUUGUCGUGUAGGCAUACUUGGACUAAGCUUUGAGUCAAAUAUAAAGUCAAGUACCGAUCCUACAGCUUCCUGUCUCAUCCCUCCGCCAUCUAUUACAGCUAUUAGUAUGAGUUCAGCUUUUAGUUUAAUGGCUAUCGGAAGCGAAUUCGGCAUUGCUGUUGUGGAUUAUGUUCACAAGAUUUGCUUGCUGUCUAUUUCAUCUUCUGACUUAUUAAGUCGUGGUCCUAUCAAUCUAACUGGGUCGUCUGCUUCGGGUGAAGUGAAAUUCUCUGAUCAGAAUAAUAGUUCAGCUGGCUCAACUUCGUUGGCUAAUACAUGCAUUAUAAACAAUCAGACAGCUUUGAAAAACGUCCACUCAAAUUCAGAUGCUGCACAAUCGAGUGAGUCAUCUAGUACCGGUUAUACAACACGCUAUGUAUUAUCAAGAACUACAACUGUCAAAAGUGAAUUGAAACGUGCCAAGUCCCAAGUGGUUUUGGCCUGUCGAACAAAUCAAUCAUCUCGUCAACAAGGACAAACGUCUAAUGCACAAAACACUUCUUCAGAAAAGUGCUCCGAUCUUUCACAGUUUUCACAUCCGGGAAGUUUAACCGCAAGUUCUAGCUCACUAGAUAAUCUAAACUGUGAGACGAUUAAAACAAUUUUAUUCAGUGAAUGGAUAUCCCCUAAACAAGACUUACAUUUUGUCCCAAAUCUCUGGAUCGGGACAUCUCGUGGAUGUGUCCUUGCUUUGAAUCUAAAGUAUCGAGUAUUGAAUAAUGUCCCAAUCAAUCACUCAUAUUGUAUUGCUUCUUUGUAUCGUUUACGUGGAGAUAUUAUUCACAUUAGCCUGUUGGAUAAUACCGGUGAUAUUUUACCGAGUCCUUCUGAGCGUUGGGAUGAUUCAUUUAUUUUCAAAGGUGGUGCUGCCUCUGAACUUUCGAAACAAGCAUCUCUUAUAUCUUGUUCAUCCAUAUGUUCUGAAGGAACUUCUAUGUAUACUAAUGCUGACGCAUAUAGUUCAACUGAUACUGGUUUCAAGUCUUGUGGUGGUGGUGGUGGCAGUGUUCGAGCAUUGAAAGAGUCAGUUAUUCGACAAAAUACAGUCACCACACAUACGUCUUCAACAUCAACAUCGGGUCACUCUAGUACUAUACUAUCCAAUACUAUGAGCGGUGGUGUCAGUACAUUUCAGUCAAGUGGUACAACUGGACUUGAUUCUCCUACAACAUCCAAAGGUUUUAUCGAGUGUGACCGACAGCUGGUUGUCCUUUGUUCAGAAAAGCAAGCUCGAGUAGUUGCACUUCCUUCACAAAACUGUCUUUAUAAGGUAAAAAUAACUGAAACAAGUCAAGUGGUACGUGCUUCCGUACAACGUUUGAGGCCAUCGCAUAAUAGCGGAACAUCAACGGCUAGUUUCCUCGCAUGUUAUCUUGCAAAUGGACAUUUUGUUGCCUUCUCAUUACCGAGUUUACGUUUACUAAUGGAUGUGGAUUAUUUACCGUAUACAGAAUGUGUAAGCCGUUCGUUUGCAUUUGGUCAGUAUGGUCAAUCUGUGUAUUUGGUGUCGCCCUCAGAAUUAGCUAAAAUCACCUGGGCAUCAGAUGUUUGUGCGAAUUUACGUGAUAUGCAAGGUGAGAUAUUUCUACCAAGUAAUAUGCCAGAACCUCCCAAGAAAAACUUUUUCAAAAAUUUGUUAAGUGGAACUUUGGUAUCUUCAUUAGAUCGAGAUGAAUUGUUUGGUGAAGCAAGUUCGGGGAAGGGGACACCUGGCGCUACUACUCUGCUACCAAAUGCUCGUUUGGAAAAGUUAUCUGGUCAAACUGGUGCUGCCUCUUCUGAAAUUGCACGAGCUAGAAAUGCUGCUAUCGAACGUGGUGAGCGGUUACAGCAAUUAGACCUACAAACGCAAGAGAUGGCUGAUCAAGCUAAAGGUUUUGGUCGUUCUGCUGCUAUUCUCGCUGCCAAAUACGAGAAAAAGGACAAACGCUGGGGUUUGCCAUUCUAA